UUGUCCCAGUUGCUGCUGAAGCUCCGGUAAUGCGCAAGCCAAAGGAGAAAAAGGCAAAGAAGGAGCAGUUCCAGUUGAAGACGCCUAAGGGGUCCAAGGACUGGGCCGACAAGGACAUGGUCAUCAGAGAGGCCAUCUUUCAGUCGCUUUCUUCCAUGUUCAAAAGACACGGCGGUGUGACUAUCGACACUCCUGUCUUCGAGUUAAGAGAGAUCUUGGCGGGUAAGUACGGUGAGGACUCCAAGUUAAUCUACAACCUUGAGGACCAGGGGGGUGAGUUGACCUCGUUGAGAUACGACUUGACAGUGCCAUUUGCCAGAUUUGUCGCCAUGAACAACAUCCAGGCCAUCAAGCGCUACCACAUCGCCAAGGUAUACAGACGUGACCAGCCGGCGAUGACCAAGGGCAGAAUGAGAGAGUUCUAUCAGUGCGAUUUCGACGUCGCGGGGACUUACGACAAGAUGGUACCAGAUGCAGAGAUUUUGUGCAUUUUGGUUGAAGGGUUGACCAACUUGGGGAUCCAGGACUUCAAGAUCAAGUUAAACCACAGAAAGGUCUUAGAUGGGAUCUUCGAGGUCUGCGGUGUCAAAGAAGAAGACGUUAGAAAGGUCUCCUCUGCGGUCGACAAGAUGGACAAGUUGCCGUGGGCCGCUGUCAAAAAAGAGAUGGUUGUCGACAAGAACCAGCCAGAGGAGGUUGCCGACAAGAUCGGUGAGUAUGUCAAGUUGAAGGGCACUGUGAGAGAAACCAUUGCAGAGUUGAAGAAGGACGAGCUCAUUUUGGCCAACGCCUCUGCCGCUGCCGGCUUGGAGGAGAUGGAAAUCUUAGCUGAGUACUUGGAGGCCUUUGAAAUCUCGCCAUUUGUCUCUUUCGACCUUUCCUUGGCCAGAGGGUUAGACUACUACACCGGUCUCAUCUACGAGGCCGUAACUGAGGCCUCCUCCGCACCAACCAACGCCGAUGAUUUGAAGAAGAAGGCUAAGAAGAGCAAGGAUGGUGAGGUUGAGGAUGCCUCGGACUUUGUUGGUGUCGGUUCCAUCGCUGCCGGUGGCCGCUACGAUGGUUUGGUCGGUAUGUUUGCCGGUGCCAACGGUAAAAAGGCGUCGAUUCCGUGUGUUGGUAUUUCGUUCGGUGUUGAGAGAAUCUUCUCCUUGAUCAAAAUGAGACAGCAGCAGGCGGAUAAGAUUCGUCCAACUGCCACCCAGGUCUACGUCAUGGCCUUCGGUGACGGCUUCUUAAAGGAGAGAAUGUCCAUCACCAAGAAGUUGUGGGCUGCAGGUAUCGAGGCCGAGUACUUGUACAAGGUCAAGGCGAAUCCAAGAAAGCAGUUCGAGUCUGCUGAGAAGGCCGGCUGUCCAGUGGCCGUCAUCUUGGGGAAGGACGAGCAGGCCAACGGCCAGGUCAAGGUCAAGCUCUUGGGGCCAGAGUUCACCGAUACCGAAGAUGGUGAGGUGAUUGUUAGUAUUAGUGAUGUGGUCGAAACCGUGAAGACGAAGUUGGCCCAGGCCAAUGUCGGCGGCAUGAACGAGAUCACCCGUUUGCUCAAAGGGUUGUAAGCCAGUAUUCAGCGAAGCGCGAUAUUUACUGGCCCACCUGUUUGAUGAUCACUAGAAACUAUUCUCAUGGUUUAGUCUCUCUAUUGCCUCGUGGUAUGACUCAGGCGAUAAUCCUCUCUACUCAGUCUUUAUUUCUGAUGAAGCCUUUCUCUAUAUAUAACUAUGCACAUUGCGGCUUACGUGAGAUGCGGACUAUAGAAGUUUAUAUCUUUUAUUCUAAGUGUAAUUGGAUGCUGUAGAUAUGGGGGAAAUGGCUAUGUACGUGCG